GGGGUUUUGGAGUUGAGCACCAUGGGGACUCUGAACGAUCAGGCGGUUUUGCAGGCCAUCUUCAACCCCGACACCCCAUUUGGAGACGUUGUGGGGUUGGACCUGGGAGAGGAAGCCGAGGAAGAAGAUGAAGGUGGAGUUUUCCCGCAAGCACAGCUGGAGCAGUCCAAGGCCCUGGAGCUGCAGGGGGUGACGGCAGCAGAGGCCGGCGACCUCAGCACAGCGCUGGAGAGGUUCGGCCAAGCCAUCCACCUGCUGCCCGAGAGGGCGUCAGCCUACAACAACCGAGCCCAGGCCCGGCGGCUCCAGGGAGAUGUGGCAGGGGCCCUGGAGGACCUGGAGCGCGCCGUGGCGCUGAGCGGCGGCCGGGGCCGCGCCGCCCGCCAGAGCUUCGUGCAGCGCGGGCUGCUGGCGCGGCUGCAGGGCCGGGACGACGACGCUCGCCGGGACUUCGAGCGGGCGGCGCGGCUGGGCAGCCCCUUCGCGCGGCGCCAGCUGGUGCUGUUGAACCCGUAUGCCGCGCUGUGCAACCGCAUGCUGGCCGACGUGAUGGGGCAGCUGCGCGGGGAGCGCACCCUGCGCUGAGCCCCGCGGGUGGGAGGGGCGCCCCAACCAAUAAAGCUGCCGGC